CAGAAAGAUAAUAUCAAAGUGAUAAUGAACUCUCAAGGAGUUAAAGGAAAAAGUCAGUGCUUAACAACCAGUGAGUGUGAGCAUCUGUACCUUUUCUUCGUCAGCAAAAAAAAGGAUUCACGCAAGGUUCUAUUCCGAGGACUGCUCAUGGCUCUGAAAGGUUUCAUCUCAAUAGCCGAGUUUGACAUACUUGAACUGAUAGGUGGAGGAGCUUAUGGCCGGGUAUUCAAGGCUAAGAGAAAGAACGAGAAGGAGACCUUUGCUAUCAAAUGCAUUAAACUAUCAAACGACGACGAUGUGGAAUUGGUAUACAGCAGUAUGAGGGAGUUAACUGAAAUGCGACGAUUGCAUCAUCCCAAUAUAGUCCAGUACUACUGCGGCUGGUGGGAGACUCUUCCACCGUCAUGGCGGAGAAACAGCAAACAAGAUCAGGUUGACGUGUCGUGGUCUAGCCAAAGUGACGAUUUUUCUAGUGAGGCUGAAAUUAGCAUCGAUUACGAAAAACGAAUGAAAAUGGAGGACGAGCGUUGGGGAAAUGUCAGCGACUCUUCUCUGUCUAAUCAGCUGGCAUUGUCAGCAAAAAGCGAUGGCAGCGCCACGCGAAGGGAUGACGAGGUUCAGAGAGAAUGGCUUCAACACAAACGAUUAACAUCACAGGAGACUAGCGAAUUGAAAUGUAGAAGUAAUAAAACUUACCUGUAUUUGUAUAUCAAGAUGGAGCUUUGUCGCAAAGAAAAUCUGGCCGAUUGGCUGAAGACUCCGAUUUCCCAACGUGUUCAACUGGACGUUAACAACAUGUUUCAAUCUAUUUUACAGGCGGUGCAUUAUCUCCACAAUCAGAAUAUAAUUCAUCGUGAUUUAAAGCCAAGUAACAUUUUCUUCAACUCCGAAUGGUCAAUUAAAAUUGGCGAUUUCGGACUAAGCAAAGGAAUGACAAUGGAACAGGCUCUACUAACCUCCGAUGUGGACUACGGACAGACGCGGUCAGGAACGGGUACUUCUCGGAUGAAUCACACGGUCUAUGUUGGCACCAAGCCUUACAUGGCACCUGAACAGGAGAAAUGCCAAACGUAUAACCACAAGGUGGACGUCUAUGCACUGGCUAUCAUCCUCUUCGAACUGCUGAUUCCAUUCGGUUCCGCUUCCGAGCGACUGAUAGCCAUUUCCAACUUGAAAGUUUACCAGCUCCCACCUAAAUUUGAAGAAAUCUACGGCACAAAGUUUGUAAAAACGGCUGCUUAUCAAGAUGGUAUCUGAGAAUCCAGACAUAAGACCGGAAAUUAAAAACAUUCUAUCCGAAUACAAUAUUAUAGCAGUCAUCUAAAUAUCUCGAAGCAAAUUGACCACUAUUUCAGUCUGAUUCCUCGC